ACUUGUCAAAUCUAUGGCAUUGUCUAUGAUGGAGUAAGCGCGUGUUUUUAAAAAUAAGUUAUUUCGAUUGAUUUUGUUAUCUUUUGAGUGGAAGUCUGACGGAAAAAAAUAUCCAGAUAUUUUGUAAAUAAGGAUUUUUAAGAAAAAUGCUUCGCUUGUCUAACGUUCUCAAACUCGGUCCACUGAAUCCUACAUAUUAUCGGAAACCUUUCAUUACUUCCUCGAAUUUAACCUUCCCUACAAGUGAUAAAAAGUUCAAAAUCAGUGAUGAAACGACGAAGAAUAUUGACCUGGGAAUGUCUGCUAACAGGGUAGACCACAUGGUUACGUCUCGUACCGUACCAAUGAUGUUAACAAACAGAGAACCCAUUAUUCUGCCGUUUGAUGAAGUCCCCGGUCCGAAGUCUUUAAAAUACUUAUCUCAAGUUCGCAGUUAUUUGUCAGACUUGGGAACCCAAGUCACGACCACUUGUUUGACCUUUUGGUUAAAUGCAGAAACGUUGAUAACCCAAAGGAAAUCUCUGAAGAAUCUGUCGUCAUUAUUCGACGAGUACGGUCCGGUGGUUCGCUUCGUGAGUCCAGUUGGCGGCAAUAUAGUCCUGCUCAAUCAUCCGGAGCAUAUCGAGAAGGUUUUCGACGUGGACGGGGAGUUCCCUGUGAGAUCUGCGCUUGACUCGCUGGAGAAAUAUAGACGGGAACACAAGAGUCUGUUGCUUAGCGGGUUGUAUUCUCCACACGGCGAAGAAUGGAGCCGCAAACGUUUGGCGCUCUCCGCUCCGCUUCACCAGGCCAUCUCCCAACACGUGCAGGGAAUGCACGAGAUCACCGACACCUUCACCAACAAAGUGUACAACCACAGGAACCCGCAAGAUGAACUCACCAAGGAUCUCUACAGGGAGAUACAUAAGUGGGCCUUUGAUAAUAUGGGCCUAAUACUAUUCUCCAAGAAGUUCUCAACUCUAGACAAGGAGGACGCGUACAGCCCUCAGUGCGACGACUCGUUGCUCUACCACAGCUUGGACAAGGCGAGUGUUGCCAUCAUGAGAUGCGAGUCGGGCCUGCAGCUGUGGAAGCUGGUGGCCACACCGGCUUGGAGGGCGCUGGUCAAACACUGCACCUCUAUGGACAAUCUGAUUGGGAAGCGCGUGUUAGAAUUGGAACAUGACAUUACUCAAUCAGAAGAGUCAGGCACUCUGAUAAACACGAUGCUGGGUAAAGAGAAGAUGAGCGAAGCCGACGUCACCACUGUGCUCAUGGAUAUGCUCCUGCUUGGAGUCAAUACUAUCUCCUCAUCCAUGUCAUUCCUGCUCUACUUCCUGGCGAAGCACCAGAGCUGUCAGAAGCGACUUUACAGCGAGCUGGAGGGGUUAUACCCGGGCUUCAACGUCACUGAUAUCAAGAACUUGAAGAAUGAGAGCCCUUAUUUGCAAGCAUGCAUUAAGGAAACUUUGAGGCUGGUUCCUCCAAUUCCACUGAUAACAAGGAUCCUGCACAAGAAUAUUACAUUGGAUAAAUACAAAAUUCCAAGAGGCACAACCAUAGUAAUGUCAACCAUGGAUGCGGCCCAAAAAGAGUCUAAUUUCGAGGAUGCUGCCAAGUUUAUGCCGGAGCGCUGGCUGGCUCCCGAAGCUAAGGACUACCAUCCAUUUGCAUCCAUACCGUUUGGCUAUGGAACUAGAAAGUGCUUGGGACAGAAUAUUGCAGAGACUAUGCUGUCACUGUUAACUGUAAAGAUACUGCAAAAGUUCAAACUUGAAUAUCACUACGGAGAUAUACACCCAACAAGAAAUUUCAUCACACGACCUAACAAGUCUUUGAAAAUAAGAUUUAUUGAUAGAAUUUAAUUUAGUAAUAACUGUUGUGAAAUGUUAUUUUAAAGAAAAAUGUUCUAAUGGGCAUUCAUACAAUUUAUUAAGGCUAAUAUAACUUGUAUGACUUAAUUUUAUUAAAUAAAGUUUGAAAAAUAU